GGAUACAAACUGUCAUGAGCAGCGUUAUCAUUGAAGACAUCAAAGGUGCGUUGGUGGAGGAACCUCGAAGUGGCCUGCGGCCUUUGAACACAAACUCAGAGGGGAAGUACCUGAGCCGCAGUUUGCGAAUCAGUUACAACAACAUCACUGACCUCACUGACCUCCAGAAUGUUCUCGCCCACUUCCUGGCUCGACCAUCUCAGAUCGGCUGGCUGGACCUGUCCUUUAACAGAAUCACUCACAUAGACCCGGUUUUGUGCGAGCUGCGUGAACUACGUGUGUUGUACCUUCAUGGCAACGGCAUCUGGAACCUGUCAGAGGUCGACAGGCUGAGGGAGCUGCAGUAUCUGCACACAAUCACGCUUCAUGGAAAUGUCAUAGAAACUAACAGAAAGUACAGGUGGAGACUUCAUUUUCAUACAGUUUACACAGAUUUUCUCCCCAGCUCACUCACACACACGCACAUCCUGUUCAACUGUGAGAAGUUUGGCUGUAACGUGCUUUCAUUUGCUGCUAUUGUUCCUGGGUAAAAACAGCUAAGUCUGAUUGAACAGAACUAGUUAACCCCUUCACACUGAGCUUAUUCAGUGGUUGCCGAACAAUGUAGGGGGGUUUUGAGAUGA